AGGCUGGCCGAGCGGCUCGCAGCCAGUCUGGGUUUGAAAUCUCAGACGGAGACAGGAGGCGUCGAGCUCGCAGCCCUGAGGAACGGACUUAUAGCCGAACUGGUGACUAAAAACAGGACCGGGCGUGUGUUUGUGAGCGCCGGGAGCGGCGGAGUGGGGACCGGACCGCGCGGUGAAGCAGCAGCGGGGCGAGCUGAGAGUGUCUGCGUGUUCCUGAAGACCGGAGCCCUCAGCUUCUCCCAGGAAUCCGAGCGCAGCCCGCCGGCCUGAAUGGGCGCGUGACACAUCGCCAUGCGGGGUCGAGGGCCGCGCGCGCAGUGUGCGUGCACGUUGCUUGCAGUGAAAACAACCCAGACUGACGCGCACGGGGAUACCGCGAGGAGCUGCACCGGAUAGAGGACACGCGCCGUUGCCCCGGUAACCCCGAGCGACCUCCUCCAGCCAGGAUGACCGACCAGAGCAACAUCCAGUCUGCCGCGUGCAAGAGCAUCAGGCCGUUCCGCUCGAGCGAGGAGUACCUGUACGCCAUGAAGGAGGACCUGGCCGAGUGGCUGCACGCGCUCUACGGCCUGGACAUCACGGCGGACACGUUCAUGGAGAGCCUCGAGACGGGCUGCGCGCUCUGCGAGCACGCCAACAGCGUGAACCGCGCCGCGCGCCUCGUGCAGCCGUGGCGCCCGUGGCCCGACGUGGCGUACCAGGCGCGCGGCGCCGCGCCCGGCUCGUUCGUGGCGCGCGACAACGUGUCCAACUUCAUCGGCUGGUGCCGCGGCGAGCUGCGCGUGAAGGACGUGCUCAUGUUCGAGACCAACGACCUGGUGGAGCGCGGCAGCGACAAGAACGUCGUGCUGUGUCUGCUCGAGGUGGCGCGGAGGGGCGCGCGCUUCGGCAUGCCCGCGCCCGUGCUCGUGCAGCUCGAGGAGGAGAUCGCGCGCGAGGAGAGCCGGGAGAGGGAGAGGGAACGGGAACGGGAGCGGGAGCGCGAGGGGGGCACGGCCGCGGCGGCCGACGGCGGGCGCGGGCGCGAGCGGGAGCGGAGGACGAAGCAGGAGCACGAGGAAGAGGAGGAGGAGGAGGAGGAAGAGGAGCACGAGCUCGCGCCCGUCUGGCAGCCGCAGAGGAGAGUGUGUGACAUGCGCAAUCUCGACGAGCUGGUGCGGGAGAUCCUGGGUCAGUGCUCGUGUCCGUCCCAGUUCCCCAUGACUAAGGUGUCAGACGGGAAGUAUAAAGUGGGCGACUCCAGCGCCCUCAUCUUCAUCAGGGUGCUCCGGACCCAUGUGAUGGUGCGUGUGGGCGGGGGCUGGGACACGCUGGAGCAUUACCUGGAUAAACACGACCCCUGCCGCUGCAACGCCUUCGCGCACCGAUACCAGCAGGCCAAGGCCAGCGGUCAGGCUCCUCACAGUAAAAGCUCCAGCGCUCACUCGUCCCGCUCCACCAGCCCGGGACCGCACUGGAGGGGCGAGUCUAUGGCAGCGUAUAAAAGCCCUGACCGGCGCUCUCUGGAGCCUUCAUCUGCUGGCACGGCCUCGUCUUCCUCACGGCCCGGCAGAACACACCACGCAUCCACAGACGCAGAGCCCGGGAGGACAGCGGCGACCACGCUGCUGCCCAGACCCCCUCGAGACCGAUCAGAGCCACGCCUCAAUCCCCUCAGGAAUAAGGACUCUCUCUUGCCGUUGACUCGUCGGCUCUCUGGAGACAGUGAUUCCUCCACUGCGUCCUCGAAAGGUGGCAGUGGAGGAGCAGGAGGAGGCCGUUUCUCUUUGGGAGCUCGUCGCACUAACGGGGAGGAGGUGGUCCUCUUGGUCAACCGGAAAGAGGGCAAGCACGUCAUUGAGCGCCCAGAGGGUGGAACCCAGAUGCCUUCCCUGCGUCCCCCUCAGACCAGAGCUCGCAGUGCCUCCAGAGAACGACCGGCACCCUCGUCCUCCGUGCUCAAACCUAGCCCACCCCAGGGCCCUGCGGAGGGUAACCGGGCUGCUCGGCCAGAAAGGGGCAGGUCUCUAGGGCUGGAGGGGCCAAGAAGGCUCCAAGGUCCCCGCUCCCUCAGUCAGGGUAAAGCUCCUCUACGUGGUAGAGUGAGUGAAGCUAGCCCUGUUUCCCCUCGCCACAGAGACCACAGAGACCCCCAGCCCAAGGACGACCUGAGGCAAAAGCAAGUUCCUCCAGGUUCCCCCCGGUUGAGUGGAGGUCUUUCCAAGCGACAGACAUCCUCUUCGGCUUCCAGUUCGCCCAUCAAAGGGAGUUCUGGAACCAGCAGCCCUGUGAAGAAAAGUGUAGCGACCCCGCGACCUCCCGCCCCACGCUCACCCUCUGUGGGGAGUCGUAGGCUCCUCCCACCUGUCUCUCAACCAGGACGACGCUCUCCACACUCCUCAAACAAAUCACCUCACCAUCACCCACCGCGGUCUCCUCGGGUGGCACACAGCCCCCGAUCCUUAGGAAGGCCGCAGAGAGGAUGGGGUCACCAGCAAGUCCAGGAACUCCAAGAAGACGACAUGGGGCUGGGGUUCGGGUUCCAGCCGCUGUCUGGCCAGGAAGCUGCACAGCGUGAGAUGGAGCUGUACCGCAGCUUUGAAGCCGAGUUCCUGGCGAACACGCAGCAGCAACAGGCUCAAGCCGGCCAGACCAGAGCAUCUGCCACAAAGGAAGUGGGAGCUUUGCUUCCUGUGUCCUCCCAGCAGGGCUUUGGUGUGCUGGGCGAUCCCAACGUGACAGAUUCAGCAUACUCUUCCUCCAACUCUUCUUCCUCCUCUCUAAACGUGGGAGGAAAACUACCCGAUUUACGGGAAUCAAAACGGACUCGGAACUGUGCCCUGGAAGACCCCCCUGCACUACUGCACAGCCAGACCCGAGUCAGCCUCCCGAAUGGUGGUCUGCGGGAGCGGGAACGAUGGACUGGUCUUGGCGGGGGUCUCCGAAAACUCCCUGCCAUCUCCAGCUCAGUGGAGGAGUGUGAGCAAGUGCAAGAAUCAGAGUCAAAAAUCCCUUAUGCCCCCCGGCAGGUAAACGGGGGUCCCCUGGGUCUCCCCCUUACCGAGGUGCCCAUGGAUGCGCAGCUGGACUGGACUGGGGUGGAAGGAGACGUUCCUCUGGAGGAUCACCACCCAAAUCUACCCUACGACUAUAAGGAUGCUAAUGCUAACACUAAUGAUGACCUCCCCCUUCCAGAGACGUUCCCUUCUCCCCUGCCGCCACCUCCAGAGGACUGCUCCUACAACGACUCCUCCAGUGAGAGCUCUUCUAUGUGUUUUAGUCUGAGUGAGCCUCUUUCAGAUGGAUCCUGCACCCCUCCGCCUCCUCCUCUGGCUAACGGAGACACCGAAAACACAGUUGUCCUGCGUGCUAAAAAGGGGCAGAAGAAAGCGGAGAGGGUGCCUUCCAUCUACAAGCUCAAGCUGCGACCGCGGAUACGGCCUCGUACCGACAACAGGCCGGAAAACAGUCCGUCAAGAAUUCCGACGCCGGUCAGCUACAGAGACCAGCACCACCGACAACAACAGUCUCCUGCAAAUCUUUCCCCCCUUCAGACGCCCCCACAGUCACCGCGAUCUCACAGACAUGCACCUUCCCGCAAAGUUCUGCACCAAGCCUUCGCUGAUCUCAUCCACCCUCAGCAGAGAUCUCCUGCCAUGGGAUCCAGAGAGCGCCCUUUCUCCCCAGAGUCCAGCCUGGACACCGAGGCCUGGAUGUAGCACAGUGUUUGUGAGACGAUGCUAAAUAUAGCUGAAGAUGAAAACCCGUUGAUACGGGAUCAUGAAUGUCACACAGGUGAUAAGCAAAGCAUGGCAAAGAUAACUGAGGAUAAAGACACUUCCUUAUUGAUAUUAUAAGGUCACAAGCAGAUCACCAAAGCAUAACGUUGUUGAAGAGAAAGGUCACCGUCUGUCCUCGCUCUCUCCUGUGCAAGUGAAGUCACAGUGGGAUCACAAGGCAAAAGGGACCAAACCAAACUGUGUCAGAAAAGACUGGAGUCGGAAAGCUGUCAUGUAGCAAGGUGCUAGAGUGCUAACUACUGGGGCCAAAUGACGGCAGAGGAUUACAUCGUUUAGCACAUUCAAUCGCUGUCCAUGGAUAAAUCAGAAUCACCGAUAAGCAUGUCACAAAUUUCUCAUCUUACAGCUCAGCCUGGUCCCUUUCCUCUGUUUGCUCGGCUCAGAAAAGUCCUGGAAAUGGAAUUAAAAUUGGGUGACUCUUUAUUUGAAGGCUACCUACAUAGAGAGCAUCACUGUCCAAAGCAAAAACAUCAAUUUUUUAAUUUUUGUCUGCAAUUGUCCUUAACCUAGUGUGAGAGUUUCGUUAUAAAUAGACCAACAGAAAUGCUCUAAAAUUUAAGUUAAGGAUGCUUUUGCAUUCUUGUGUAAAAUUACAAAUUUGGCCAUACCUUUUUUUGGGACAGCGAUAAUAAGCAUUGAAUAAUGCCUUUUAAUACUUGCAUCGUAAUAAUUGAAUUUGAAAGGCAGAAGGCCGCUUGUCAGUUCAGUUUCAGUUAUGUCAAACCAAUAUCAUCUUACGUCAUCCUACAGUUACUGGCAUUAGCUGUUAAUAAAUGAAUCAAGCGUUGCUUCAGAAAGGUGUUAUGCAAUGCAGAUGCAUGUGUCAUGAAGUGCCUACAUAGGCAGCCUUCAAAUAAAGCAUUGCCAAAAACUGCUACCAAAGGAUUACCAUUGAAAGGAUUUCGGGAUACCAACUAAGCAAGUGGUUUCCAUCGUUUGCGGCGAAGGAUUUGCUUCCGUCGUGCUAAUUGUGAAAUUGUGACUUGUCGCUCUGCGGUUCAGAGCUCAGUUGAAUGUGUACCAUCUGCACAGCUCAGGAACACCAAGAGGAGGAAAUGAGAGGAUGACGAAAGACCCUCCACUUGAGUGUCUCUGAAAGACAAAGGGCUGUGUUCUCCAGAUGUGUCACACUCACCUAACUGAAAAGUGGUGAACGGAAACUUCCGUUUCCAAUGGAACUCAAGAUUUUCCUUUCACAAGGACCCUGAUUGUGUCCUUGUUGUGAUGAGUCACUCCGCGGACUGCUUCCUGAGGUCUGACCUGGACCUAUAAGAUGAUGUUUGACUGUCCUCUCCGACUGUCCUACAGAGCGACAGAUCUCUUGUAUUGUUACUGUCCACUGGUCAGCGAAGCUCCUGCUUUUAGAAGCAUACUUCACGCUUUUACGGCUUUAAUUUUGCCAAUCAACCGCCACUUUUGAAUAUGUUUCGGGUUGUAGCUGUUACGUUUUAAUCAACUUUGAGAACAAUCUUUCCUUGUUUUAUGAAAUAGUUAUUUUUUUAAUCGAUGGGGUUGAAGCAGUAGACAGCUGGAGCUACUUACAGGGCUUAGACGGCAUCGACCUUUUCCUCGCUGAAUGUCCGAAAUGUCCCCAGCGUCCUUUUUGCCAUAAUAUUGCCUCUUAUUAAAAACUUUCACGCUCUGUUAGUUGGUUGCAGGUUGGAGGGGCGAUAUCUAUGGUGGUGCUAAGUUCUCGCGGGGCCAGACUUGAUCUCAUAACAAGAAUACACUUCUGGGGCCAUUUGUUAAUCUUUUGGUGCUGAUUUGCGGCUCUAAAACUCUGAAACAGAUUAUUAAGUGCUAUUUAAGCAUCUGGAGUACAAUCAAUAACACAAGCAAAACAAGCUAGCUCUCGUUGGCUAACUGUACUGUCAGCUUGUAAGGGUUCAUGUUUAUUUCUGCUCUAAAUGCUUAACUGGACUUUUCAUGCUGACUUAUGUUACAUCGAUGGGCUAGCGAGCGCCUUCACGGGACGUUCACACUUUAAUAAGUCUACGUUUCCACCCAAACGUAGCCCACGAUUUCUCCUGACAGUCUCCAGAUGUUCUCGUUACAAAGUCAUGUCUGGCCUUGUGAGGCUGCACAAGAAUAGGGAGUUUAGAGGAUAUUAUUUGGCAACCGUCCUAGUGUGAACUUUGGCUGCACGAUACAUAAAUAACACUACAAUGCAGUUAUAAUGCUGCUAAAUUCUAAUAAUACAAUCACUGUCCACUUUAUUUAGGUACCUUGUGUCUACACUCAUUCAGUGAUCCACCACCCAGAUAGUGCUUCCCCAGUGGUGGUCCUGGGGGGGGGGUCUUGACCAUUGAUGACCGGUGGAAGGGGGGGGGUAAAUUAUGCAGAGAAACUGAUCUGUUACUGAUCAAAGUGCACUGAUACAGUCGUACGCUAAAGUUCAUGCAUCCCUGCUCAAACUGCGUGAUUUGUUGAUUUUAUAAGUGAAAACAACACAUUUUCAGACAUUUUAAUGCACGGUAACUGUGUAUUUACUACGUUAAACAUAUGGGGAAGGUGGCAUGUACAAAUAUUACGGCACAUUUUAUAUUUUAUGGUUUGUUUUUUUUUCCCCCAAUAUGUUAAAACAAAUAAAUACAAAUUCCCAGUAGAGCCCACGUGUCAAACACAAGGCCUGUGAGCCAAGCCAGGCCUGUGACACGGUCCUAUUCAGCCCACUAAAUUAUUAAAAUCUUCUCUUGUUUUUACAUUUAAGGCAUUUGGCUGACGCUCUUAUCCAGAGCGACUUACAAUUUGAUCAUUUUACACCGGUAGGCCAAGGCGGUGUUAGGAGUCUUGCCCAAGGACUCUUAUUGGUAUAGUGUAGGGUGUUUGCCCAGGUGGGGACUGAACCCCAGUCUACAGUGUAGAAGGCAGACCACUACACUAUCCCCGUUUCACCCUGAGAUGUACUACAGUCCCCAGCAUGCACUGAAACAUAGUGUGUGUUCUGACCCCCACCAUCAUCAAUCUGUGGGCCAGCACUUACUCAAAAAGAAAAGAUGCCUGGCGUCUACUUCAAGCACAUAGGCAGUUUUGAAAAAAACACCUAAAACUAUUUAUUUUAUUUAAAAUUAUU